AUGGCGAAGGUGGAGCAGGUCCUGAGCCUCGAGCCGCAGCACGAGCUCAAGUUCCGAGGUCCCUUCACUGAUGUUGUCACCACCAACCUAAAGCUUGGCAACCCCACGGACCGAAACGUGUGUUUCAAAGUGAAGACCACGGCGCCACGUAGGUACUGCGUGAGGCCCAACAGUGGGAUCAUUGAUGCAGGGGCUGCGAUUAAUGUAUCUGUGAUGUUACAGCCUUUCGAUUAUGACCCCAAUGAGAAAAGUAAACACAAGUUUAUGGUUCAGUCUAUGUUUGCGCCAACUGACACUUCUGAUAUGGAAGCAGUAUGGAAGGAGGCAAAACCGGAAGACCUUAUGGAUUCAAAACUUAGAUGUGUGUUUGAAUUGCCAGCAGAAAAUGAUAAACCACAUGAUGUAGAAAUAAAUAAAAUUAUAUCCACAACUGCAUCAAAGACAGAAACAUCAACGGUGUCUAAAUCUCUGAGCUCUUCUUUGGAUGACACUGAAGUUAAGAAGGUGAUGGAAGAAUGUAAGAGGCUGCAAGGCGAAGUCCAGAGGCUGCGAGAAGAGAACAGACAGUUCAAGGAAGAAGAUGGACUUCGGAAGAGGAAGACGGCGCAGAGCAACAGCCCCCUCCCUGCGCUGGCCACCGCAGGGAAGGAGGAGGGCCUCAGCACCCGGCUGCUCGCGCUGGUGGUCCUGUUCUUCAUCGUUGGCGUCAUCAUAGGGAAGAUCGCCUUGUAG